AUGCGUUUUCUAGGUUACAUUGUAGAUAAAGAAGGGUUACGUACUGAUCCCGAAAAAGUAUCAGCGAUUUUGAAUUUUGAACGUCCUAAAACCUUUAAAGAGUUGAAAAGAUUUAUUGGUAUUGCUAGUUGGUAUAAAAGAUUUGUUAAAAACUUUUCUGUUAUAGCGGCUCCUCUUCAUAGUCUAACAAAAGGGAAACAAAAGAAAUUUAUAUGGACAGAUGAAGCGGAAAAAGCAUUUGUUGCUUUAAAAACUUUCCUAACAUCAACACCUGUUAUAUCGUGUCCGGAUUUUAAAGAGCCAUUUAUAAUACAAUGCGACGCAUCAAAUAAAGGUAUAGGUGCUGUUUUAAGCCAAAAGAUUGACGGUUUAGAAAAACCAAUUGCAUAUCUAAGUAGAAAACUUAAUGACCGAGAACAGUUGUAUUCGACAUCUGAAAGGGAAUUAUUAAGUAUUGUUUAUGCUGUAGAAAAAUUUCGUCCAUAUGUAGAUGGAUCUCAUUUUACUGUAGUGACGGAUCAUAGUGCACUUAAAAUGAUUCAUAAAAUGAAAGAUCCCCAUGGUAAACUGGCAAGGUCGGCUAUGAAAUUACAAGCAUUCAGCUUCGAUAUAGUUCGAAUGUAG